AUGGAUCUGUUCGAUCUAUGCGAUGGCUUCGACAUCUCCACCAACUACUACGACUAUGUCCCCGACACAGGCGUCACGCGAGAAUACUGGUUCAACAUCGAAAACACCACCGCAGCCCCCGAUGGCGUCGAAAUGCCCGUCCAGCUUAUCAACGGGUCCUUCCCAGGCCCGACCAUCAUCGCCGACUGGGGCGACACCGUGGUUGUGCAUGUCACCAACUCUCUCCAGACCAACGGCACAGGUCUGCAUUUCCAUGGUAUUCGACAGAACUGGACGGACCAGAAUGAUGGUGUGCCAAGUAUCACGCAAUGCCCAAUUGCUCCGGGUGACUCGGAAACGUAUACGUGGAGGGCUGUUCAGUAUGGCACGGGAUGGUAUCACUCGCACUUUUACGUCCAGGCGUGGGAUGGAGUGUUUGGUGGGAUCCGCAUCAAUGGCCCUGCUACGGCUAAUUAUGAUGUUGAUUUGGGUCAUAUUUUCUUGAAUGACUGGUAUCAUCAAACGGCAGAUGAACUCGUUCUUCAGGCCGCAACAGGCGGACCUCCAACAGCCCCCAACGGCCUGAUCAACGGAACAAACACGUACAACGACACGCUGGGAUCCCGAUUCGAAACCGUCUUCGAAGCAAACACGCGAUACCGCAUUCGCCUCGUCAACGCAGCAGCAGACAACCACUUCCGAUUCACCAUCGACAACCACACCCUCGAAGUCAUCGCCAACGACUUCGUCCCCAUCGUCCCCUACAACACCACCACCCUCAGCAUCGGCAUGGGCCAACGCUACGACAUCAUCGUCACAUCCAAAGACCUCACCACCGGCAACUUCUGGCUCCGCGCAAUCCCCCAAGAAGCCUGCUCCGAGACCGACGCCGUCGACAACGUCAAGGGCAUCAUCCGCUACGACAACUCAUCUACCACAGACCCCACUACAUCCGCAUACAGCUACACAGACUCCUGCGCCGACGAAUCCCCCUCAAACCUCGUCCCGUACCUCGCCAUCAACGCCUCCGACACAUACACCUUCACCGAAGACGAAAAAGUCACCGUGGGCGUCACUGAAAACGCCCUCCUCUGGAAAAUGAACAAGACCUCCUUCCGCACCCAAUGGGAGUACCCGACUCUCCUCCAAGUAGCCGAACACAACAGCACCUGGAAAACGAAACAGAAUGUCGUCCAUCUCCCCGACGCCGAUCAGUGGGUGUAUAUGCUCGUUCACUCGCCCUUUGCGCAGGACCACCCCAUGCACCUCCACGGUCAUGACUUUUGGGUUCUGCAAUCGGGGUAUGGGGAAUUCGAUUCGUCGCAGACGGAUAGUUUGACGCUGGUUAAUGCGCCCCGGAGAGAUGUCGCUAUGAUGCCUGCUAGUGGGUAUUUGGUGAUUGCGUUCAAGACGAAUAACCCCGGUGCUUGGCUUAUGCAUUGUCAUAUCGCAUGGCAUACGUCUGAGGGCUUUGCGGUGCAGAUCCUCGAGCGACAAUCAGAGAUCACGAUCGAUGAGGACCGGCUUAACUCGACUUGUGCUAAUUGGCAGAAGUUUGUCGUCAAGGAUGACCUUACCCAGUAUGAUUCGGGUGUAUAGGUGUGAUAUAAACUGUGAUAUCUUAUAUAUCUCUUUGCGCUCUUUAACAAGACAGUGCAAAAUAAUGUAUAAACGGCCAA